CCUGUCCCCCGUCUCUAUAUUCAAAUCUAAAAAACCUCAAAAAGAAUCACCAUUCAUUUUCCCGUUUACCUCCUCCACUCUCUUCUUCUUUCAUAUAUCUUAUUUUUCUGUCUAUCAAGAUAGAAGAAGAAAUACGUACCCGCAAUGGGGAUCGCAACGGAGAAUCAGCCACAACAACAACACAAGAAUUUUCAACUUCUGCAGGCAUCGUCGGAGGCGGCAUCAUCAGAGGCUGAUAAAAAGAGGUGGACACUUAAUGAUUUUGACAUUGGGAAGCCUCUUGGAAGAGGAAAAUUCGGUCAUGUAUAUCUAGCUAGGGAAAAAAGGAGCAAUCAUAUUGUUGCAUUAAAAGUGCUGUUCAAGACCCAGCUAAAACAGUCCCAGGUUGAACAUCAGCUUCGUCGUGAAGUUGAAAUACAGAGCCACCUUCGCCAUCCAAAUAUUCUGAGGCUUUACGGUUACUUUUAUGACCAGAAACGUGUGUAUUUGAUCCUGGAAUAUGCUGCCAAGGGUGAACUCUAUAAGGAGCUGCAGAAAUGCAAAUAUUUUAGUGAACGACGUGCUGCAACUUAUGUUGCAUCAUUGGCCCGAGCCCUCAUAUACUGUCAUGGAAAGCACGUAAUACACAGAGACAUUAAGCCGGAGAAUCUUUUGGUUGGUGCACAGGGUGAACUCAAAAUUGCAGACUUUGGAUGGUCAGUGCAUACCUUUAAUCGAAGGCGGACUAUGUGCGGCACUCUAGACUAUUUGCCACCUGAGAUGGUGGAAAGUGUGGAGCAUGAUGCUAGUGUGGACAUUUGGAGCCUUGGUGUCCUGUGCUUUGAGUUUCUGUACGGGAUGCCUCCAUUUGAAGCAAAGGAACACUCUGACACAUAUAGGAGGAUUGUGCAAGUGGAUCUCAAAUUUCCUGCCAAACCAGUUGUUUCAUCAGCUGCCAAGGACCUCAUUAGUCAGAUGCUUGUAAAGGAUUCGUCCCAGCGUCUGCCCUUGAAAAAAGUACUCGAGCAUCCUUGGAUUGUGCAGAAUGCUGAUCCUUCGGGCGUUUAUAAAGGCUGAUGAGUAGUAACAUCAUCAAUGAAUCACAAUCUUUGUGGCAGUCUAUUGUUUUUCAUUUUUCAGCUGGGAUUCCAAAACUUUGUGAUGUAAAAUAGUUAAACACCUUGCAUUGCCUGAAAACGAAAGGAGGUUUCUUUAUAAAGGAAAGGAUAUGUAGUCAUUUUUCUUUUUAAUGUUGUACUUAGUAACUGCACUACUAUUGGAUAUUUCUUUCAAUCUUGAAGUGUAAACACUAUUGGAUAUUUUUUUCAA